AUCAAGGAAACGGGCAUCAUGUCUGAAGCAAAGGAUAAAUCCAAGGUGCACAAGCUCAAGCUGAAAGGCUCGUCGAGGCUGGUCGCCGAGUUUUUCCAAUACUCGAUCAACACAAUCCUGUUCCAGAGAGGCGUCUACCCCGCCGAAGACUUCAGCGCAGUCAAGAAAUAUGGCCUCAACAUGCUGGUCUCCUCGGAUGACCAAGUCAAAGCGUACAUCAAAAAGAUUAUGUCGCAGCUCGACAAAUGGAUGGUCGGAGGCAAGAUCUCCAAGUUGGUUGUCGUGAUUACGAGCAAGGACACUGGCGAGCAUAUGGAGCGCUGGCAAUUUGACGUCCAAAUCUUCAACAAGAAGAAGUCAUCGUCAUCAUCUAAGAAGGCAGCCGACCAAGAGAACGCCGUGCCCGAAGGAUCUGAGCCCGCUGCGGAAAAGACGGAGAAGGAGAUUCAAGACGAGAUACAAUCCAUCUUCCGGCAGAUUACGGCCUCGGUUACCUUCCUACCGCAACUCGAAGGAGACUGCACCUUCAACGUGCUUGUCUACGCAGACGCCGACUCCGAGGUGCCAAUGGAAUGGGGUGACAGCGACGCGAAGGAGAUUAAGAAUGCCGAGAAGGUGCAGUUGAGGAGCUUUAGCACGAGCAAUCACAAGGUCGAUACUCUGGUCAGCUACAGGCUCGCUGAGUGAGUGGGAAGGAUUUCGGUUGAUUUGGAGGUUCGGAAGGAUAUAUCAGGAGUCAGGCGUUUCUAAGGGAAGGGCCAGGGGUGUCUAGGUCCUGAUGGGCAGUUAUUGUACUAGAUGGGUGAAGCAUCAUAUAUGCUGUGCACCCAGACAUGGGGGGUGUAAUAUCACACUACAUGCCUCAAUUGCAAACAUAACUCAUUUAAUUCUAAACCUAUUUUUUGCCU